AUGGUCCCCAAGUCUCACCAGCCUCCAUUCCUUCGUGGCAACGGCAGUCAGGAACUGCGCCAGCCGAUCAAUCGUCCUCGCCGUCCCCGUCUGCCGUCGACGUCGCCGAGCUCCGAGGAUGCGCCCGCACCCACCAACCGAGAGGACCUCCUAACCCAAGCGGCCAAAUUCCUCCAGGAUGAAUCCAUUCGUGACUCCCCAACCGACCGCAAAGUAACUUUCCUUGAAUCAAAAGGUCUGAACUCGGACGAGAUCGACCAACUCCUCGGCAUCACCCGAAACGCGGAGGCGACCAGCACCAGCCCAACCGCCGCAGAAAGCAAGAGCCAGGAAAUGCCAUCAACACCCUCUAGCGAUCAAUCCGAAGUCACCCCAUCCUCGCCCGUCACCGCACAAUCCUCACCCAACACCAUGUCUCAACCGCGCUCAACGGCCACAACCACAACCCCCGCCUCCGCACCGCGUGAUGUACCCCCGAUCAUCACAUAUCCCGAAUUCCUCUUCGAAGCCAACAAACCUCCCCCACUAGUCACGAUGAACCGCGUUCUCUACACCAUCUACGGCGCCGCCGGUCUCGGCGCUAGCAUAUACGGUGCUAGCGAAUACUUCGUGAAACCAAUGCUCGCAACCCUAACAAGCGCCCGCCACGAACUUGCCAGCACAGCGCAAGAGAAUCUCUCAAAGCUGAACGAGAAGCUAGAGCAAAGCGUCACCGUCAUCCCCGCCCACCUAACCGCGCGAAAGACCAGUCCAAUCGACGACGACGAAAGCAAUGAUACCGAUUCAGUCACCUCAGACCCUACGGAGCUUUUCCACCGGGACAUGGGCACACAGACGAGUCCCGAGACUUCUGAGUCUUCUAUCGCAGUUAUUGAGAAGGAGAGCAAGGCGCCAGAUGCGCCUACUCAGGCGGUCAAUAACCAUAUGAGUCGUCUGGAGUCUAUCCAGUCGCAGCUUAAGGAAGUCAAUGGUGUUGAUAAGGACUCCAGUACUCUGGAAGAUGACUUGCGUAGUAAGCUUACGGAUCUUCACCAUUAUCUGGAUGGUUUGAUCUAUGCGGCUCCGAGUUACUCUUCUUCUACGCCUUCCUAUGGUCUGUAUAGUAGCAAUACGAAUGGAACGGAUAGUGCUGCGAUGGGUGUGAAGAAGUCUGAGGAUGAAGCCAUUGCUGGUUUUAAGGCGGAGAUCCGUGGCGUCAAGGGUGCGCUGCUGAGUGCGAGAAACUUCCCUACCAGUCGGGGUGGUAGACUUGGGGGUAUGGCUUCGGCUGGAAGGUGA